AUGGCGAACAACUACGCGCAUCCCCCGCCGAUGCAACAGCUCCCGGGCAUAAACCUCGCCCCGUAUGCGCCAAACGGCCAACAGCCUCCGUUCCCCGCCUUCCCUCCUCCCGAUCCUGCCCUCUGGGCCCUGUUCCAGAAUGGCUCUUUCCCGCCAGGUGCUCCCAACCUUCCGCCGCCGCCGCCAUUCCCCAACAUGGCUUUCCCCCCAUCUCACUUCCCUCCGCCAUCUUCGCUGCCUCCGCCGCCCUCACUACCUCCACCCCCAGAGCGCAUACAAGAAGUCAUGGAUAGCGAUCGCGAAGAUGGCGAGUUGAGUGAGGGCGGAGGCGACAGUCCACCCUCCAUCAUGGACAAGCUACAGCAGGAUCGCGACGCGGCCAAACACUUCAUCAAGCUCCUGCAUAGCAACAAUGUCACCUAUCGCGCCCUAGCUCACGAACAGCUUGAUCCCGAGCUGCUGAGAGGCCUGUACCAGAGCGCAAACCUGCCGUCGGAACCUGCGCCCAUUCUGCCACCUAAGAGCAAUGGUGCUGCUUCCAAGGCUCCUGCUGUGCAGCCACUAACGCCUGUUGCGCAAGACAUGCCCAAGUCUGCCGCGUCGCCAGUAGGCCGUCAAGAUUACAUAGCACGCCUUCAGGCCGCAAAGGCUGCGAAACAGGCCACCGCCAAAACCACUACUCCCGCGCCGGCUACCAAGACAUCCCAGCCUGCGACCCCACCUACUUCUAAACCGCCUGUGACAGACGAACAGAGAGCUCGUAAUACCGAGUUGAUUAAGCAGCGCUUGGAAGCGAUCAAGGCGAGACAGAAGCCGUCGGUUGCGCCAGUUGCGCCAGUUACCCCAGGGUCGCAAACACCUACAAGUACCGCCCAUGUGCCAUCAUUCUCUGCCAUUCCGGGUCUCUUCAUGAACGCAUCUUCAACGUCUAAUACACCUGCACCAGCCGCAUCUCAACCACAGUCCUUUCCACUCGCUGUCACUCCUCACACACGGCCUCUAGGCCAGUCUCCACACGCUGAUCAACAAGAUGAUUCAAUGAUAAUAGACGUCAGCGAAGACGAGUCCAACGGUAGCGACAUGGACAUCGACGACGAUCAACCUUCUCUCCAAGCCAGCCAGAAUUCGCGCCAGACUGUUGGAAAUCUCCCCAACUUUCCUUCUGGUGCGCCACCUGCGACCCCGUCAAACGCCACUGUUGGUACGUCUGGUUCGCAGACCCCCAAUACGGUUAUGCGUGAGAAGGAGUUGGUAGACAAGGAGAAGCAGCUGGUGGCCAUGCGAGAGACACUCAAAAAGAAACUUGCUGAAAAGCGAGAGCGAGAUAGGUUGGCAGCAGCCAUUACCACUGUUGCAUCACCAUUCUCGAGCCAAAAACCUUCGACGCCAGGUUCAUCUCUUCAAACAUCCACAUCAUUACCGACACGUUCGCACGAUGGCAACGACUCACGCCGAAUCCGCCGAGCGGAGAUCCAGUCCAGACUGCCUACGUUGGAUGCCGAGAUUGCAAGCAACACGAGUAGGAUGGCUCAACUGACCAAAGAGCUGGAGCAGUUGACGGCGCAGAACGAGAAGAUCGCAAGGGACAAGGAGCAGCUGAGCAAAGAGCUGGAGGAUCUCGGUGUUGACACCGAGGGCAUGUCUCAUGCACAACUACGUGCCAAGAAAGAUGAAAUUGAGGGCGAACAGUCUUCAGACUCUAACGAAUCACUCCAACAAACCCGUCCCGUGGUACAGACCACAUUCGACAACUCUCCUCCAGCUUGGAAUCUUCCUCAGAACACCUUCCCUGGACUUGGGCAGAAUUCAGCGGAGCCUGAUUACUUAACUGGAUCAGAUAAUCUGGGUCACACCCAAGUCUCAGGAAAGAUCUCGCAGGAAGACGUCACUCUUCAGCCAGCUGGUGCAUUGCAGGUGUCGUCUCAACAAGACGACAUCUACUCGGAAGCAUCUCAGAAGCGCACUGAACCGCAAGAUUUGCCAGCCAAUGUCCAUGUUGUUCCAGCCACAGCGAAUGAGGUAGUGCAGGCCAGUGCCGACGCUCCUGUGGACCAAGCGAUUCAGCAGCCCACCAACGCGCCCUCGCCAUCGGAAGAAGGAGAGGAGGUCGACAUGUCCGUCAGUGAGGGAGAUGAUGACGAGGAAGAGUACGAACCAGAAUAUGAGCCCGAAGAACCCGUCGUCGUCCCAGAAGCCCCUGUGGCAGAGGAAGUUGAGGCCCAGACCAAACCUGAAUUUUCGCUUGCAACCUCGCCAGCUGGUACACAAGAGGAAGAAGCCUAUGAACCGCCCGACGUCGACGAAGAUAUCUCGGAGGUUCAGGGCGGCGAUGAUGCCUCCACACACCUCGAUGCCCCCACAGGUCAGGCUGAGGCGGAAGAUGGUGCUAUGGACAUCGCUACGUCGUCGUCUGAUGAAAGCUCAGAUGACAGCGAAUCAGAUGAUGAAUCUACUCCAGAGCCCGACGUGGAGACUAUAUCAGCAAAGAACCCGUCGCAUCAGGACGCCGAAAUGGCCGAUGAUCUGGCGCCCGAGCUGCAACCACUUCGAGAGGUAACAUCAACGGUGGCCGCUGGCGAACCUGUGCCUGUGCCCGCUGAGAUCGAAGAACCACAGCCACCCAAGUUCACUCCGUACGAGAGCCCGCUACGGAUGUUCAAAUCUUACCGUUACCAUCCUUCUUAUGCUCAAGAUGUGCAAGGUGGCUUCCUAUCCUUGACGUUCAGUCAUCAGAUAAACCCAGAGAAGCCUCUCUGCCAGUACGAGUCAACUGGUGGCGUAUGCAACGACCCUGAAUGUCCUGAUCAGCACUUCAGGGAAGUUGCCAUUACUGGUGACAGACUGCUUGUUCAGCUCGGAACCGCCAACCCCGGUAAGACGUCCGAGGAGAAGCAACGCUGGAAUGACGGUCUCCGUGGCGUGCUCAAAGACCUUCGCCAGAGGAACAUCAAGGAUCCCAACGGUAUUGCCGCGGAAAUUGCGAGGUUUCGCCGUGAAUUUCUCAAGGACGAUACUCGUGUCGUCAACAUGUAA